UCUCAUGAAUGAUUGGAUGUAUUCGGGAAAUCAACGGUUGAUGCUGUCAGUUUUUACUCAAUUUUUGUAUGGAUUCAUAUAGGGAUUGGGUUGGAUUGGAUUGGAUUGGAUUGUUCAGCUGAAAUGAGGAAAACCCAUAAAAUAAAACCCUAGAUUUGUCUUCUCUGAAUGUAUAUCUGUUCCCAUUUUUACACUUAUUGGUUUAUGAUAUUAUAGAUGGCUUUCGAUCCGAACUCUGUGCCUAUGGAUUUGCGUCAAUUGAAUAUAGUAAGAGCAAUGCCUGAAGAGACUCGAAAUACUCCGGUUACAGCACCAGGAAGGAUCGUCGAUGGUUACCAUGUAAAUGUAAAUACCUCUCAUGUUUAUUAUCCGCCGGCAACAAUAUCUGGUGAUUCAGGUUUUAUCCAGCAACAAUAUUUGCCGCCAGCCGGCUGGUGCCCUUCUCCUCAUAUGCCAUUGCCUCCAUCAUCAUCAUCAUCCAGUGUUCCUUCAAGUGAUGACUUUGGGGAUGAUUCUGUUUCUGGUAGGAAAGUGAAAUUCCUGUGUAGUUUUGGCGGAAAGGUUUUCCCAAGGCCUAGUGAUGGAACAUUGAGAUAUGUUGGUGGGCAUACCAGGAUCAUUAGUGUGAGGAAAGAUGUGAGUUUCAAUGAAUUAGUUCAGAAAAUGGCUGAUACUUAUGGACGAAGUGUUGUGAUUAAGUAUCAGUUGCCAGAUGAGGAUCUGGACGCGCUUGUGUCGGUUUCCUGUCCAGAUGAUUUGGAGAACAUGAUGGAUGAGUACGAGAAGCUGACUGAGAAAUCGUUAGAUGGGUCGGCUAAACUGAGAGUCUUCUUGUUCUCAUCUUCGGAUCUUGAUUUGGCUGGAAUGGUUCAUUUUGGUGAAGUGCAAGAUAGUGGUCAGAAAUAUGUGGAAGCGGUUAAUGGGUUGAUAUCAGAUGUUAGUUUAACAAGUUUAUCUUCUAACCAGCAUUCAGACGUCAAUUGUUACUCUGAGGUUCUUGACAAUGUUGUUUCUUAUGUGGAACCAUCUGGUAAUAGGUUUGGAAUUCAUGCCGAACCCGAACAAGAACCUAUUACACCAGUUAACUUCCAACCUGCUGGAACUUAUUUGCAAGCAUUUGGCUCUCCUCAUUUCAAUGUGAAACCGAAUAAUAAUAUGGUUCAGACAUCGUUUUUGCAACCUCAAGAUUUCAAUGUUUCUCCCCAUGGGGUCCCGGUUAUGUCUGAAAGAAACCCGAGUUUUAAUAAUUGCUAUACGUGUGAAAGUGUAUUGCCUCGUGCCCAUUCAGAUCCGGUUGCACAGGGUCUUAGGGAAAGUCCUAUGAGUAAUAAUGUGUCGGAUAUGAACCGAGUUUAUCAUACUAUCCAAUCGGAUGAAAUGAUAACUGGUCAUCUCAAGAACAAGUCAUUGUUGGGUUCUAGUCUAUUGGGGGUUUAUAAAGAAGAUGAUAGAGAAUUGGAUGGAAAAUUAUCUGAAUUUACACAUAAAGAUCCUUUCUUUCAAUGUUCAACCACAAGUGAGAUUUUCUUGCCUGAUUUUUACCAGCGGGAUUCACCCAAAGUGACGACGAAUUUGGGGAUUCAUUCUAUGCCCUCUGAUCAGGAAUCUUCUUAUGAAAAUACAAUAUUUUCUCUUGUCGAUCAAGCUGAUGGAGGAGGGGAUACUUCAAACUCUCUUUUCAGUAACCAGGAUCCCUGGAAUUUGUGUUAUGAUACUCAUCUUACCCUACCUAAACCUAAUCAGCAUUCUCAAAUAAGCAAAGGAUCAGCUGAGGAACAGAUCAAGCACGAACUUCAAGCUGUUGCUGAAGGUGUAGCAUCUUCCGUUCUUCAGGCACCAAUACAUCGGAAUCCUUCCAACCCGGACUUAACUGGAAACAAUGAGAGAAAUUCCGAGGAGAAAAAGAUUAAUUUUGGAUUCCCAAUUUCAGAUGGUAUUGGAAGAUUACAGAUAAUAAAGAACAGUGACCUUGAAGAACUUCAAGAACUGGGUUCUGGAACUUUCGGUACAGUCUAUCAUGGGAAGUGGAGAGGCACUGAUGUCGCGAUUAAAAGGAUUAACGAAAGGUGCUUUGCUGGAAAAGCUUCAGAAGAACAUCGAAUGGUAGAUGAUUUCUGGAAUGAGGCGAUCAAGCUUGCUGAUUUGCACCAUCCAAAUGUAGUCGCCUUUUAUGGUGUUGUCCUCGACGGUCCUGGAGGUUCUGUGGCAACAGUUACGGAAUAUAUGGUCAAUGGUUCACUUAGAACUGCUCUACAAAAGAAUGAAAAGAGUCUAGAUAGGCGUAAGCGUCUUUUGAUUGCUACGGAUGUGGCGUUCGGGAUGGAAUACUUACACGGAAGAAAUAUAGUUCAUUUUGAUUUGAAAAGCGACAACUUGCUUGUUAACCUACGCGAUCCUCAUCGUCCAAUAUGCAAGGUUGGUGAUCUUGGCCUGUCGAAGGUGAAGUGUCAUACAUUAAUAUCGGGUGGGGUACGAGGAACACUCCCUUGGAUGGCUCCGGAGCUUCUGAAUGGAAGCAGUAGUCUCGUAUCUGAUAAGGUUGAUGUCUUCUCAUUCGCAAUCGUGAUGUGGGAGCUCUUAACCGGUGAAGAACCAUACGCAGACUUACAUUAUGGAGCCAUUAUAGGUGGGAUUGUGAGCAACACAUUGCGUCCUGCUGUGCCCGAAUCAUGCGACCCGGAGUGGCGGUUACUAAUGGAGAGAUGUUGGUCUUCCGAGCCGUCAGAGAGACCGAGCUUCACUGAUAUUGCUAAUGAACUUAGAGCCAUGGCCACUAAGAGUACUCCUCAAUCAUCUCCCAGAAACUGAUAGAGAUGAUGAAGAAAAUGGUAUUAUUAUUAUUUUCUUUAUACUUGUAGAUGUUAUUGAAUGGAUGAGACGUGUAAAAGACGUGUAAGUUUUUAGGUAUGUUUCCAUGGAGUUUCCUCCUUUCUUUCUUCUCUAGAUAUGUAUAAGAUGGAUCGAUCAAAUCGACCCAUAUACAGCAACAGGGAAACAAGUUAUCUUUUUAUGUCAAUGGGUCAAGGGGAGGAAGAUGAACCAUUGAAGAAGAUCAAAGAUGAUGAUGAUGAUGAUGAUGAUGAAUAUGAACCAGACGGAAGAAGAAGCAUUAAUGGAUGCUUUGAUUAUUAUGAUAAGUUGUUUGAUCGGUUGAAGGGGACAUGGUUGGGAGAGAAAUUUAAGAAAAUGAAAGAGUUUUCAGAAAUGAUGGCUGGGCCUAGAUGGAAGAACUUCAUAAGGAAGAUCGGAAUUAAGAAGAAACAGAGGAAUCUGUAUCAGUACAGUCUGGAGAGCUAUGCUAUGAACUUUGAAGAUGAUGAUCAUGAGAUCAUCAUCAUCAUGUUCGUCGUGACUAUCUUACGCCUAUAGAUCUUCAUCCUACAGAUCGCCCACUUAUUUGAUUGUAAUAAUCAAAUUAUAAAAUCAUUAUAGAUUCAUUGUUCUUC